AUGGUGAGCAGACAUUAUGGAACACCUCAGGGAUAGCGGAUCUAUAUCGAAGGCAUACUCAGCCAUAAAUGAAGUGAGAACUAACUGUGCGUUUUUCUCAGUCCUCUUCAUUCUUAUAUGUCCCAGAGUGCUGAUGGACGUUUACCGAUAAGAUUUACAACAAUCGAGGGAAACUAUUCGGCAUCCGUCGUGUGCAGGCCAUAACCAAAUUUCCGAGGACUCCCUCUCCAUCGACGAAUGUUCACUGAGCACCAGAACUGAACUGAACGUUUGUUGUUACAUGGAACUUUUCGUUCCCGAUGUGCCUGCUUCAGGACAACUAUAAAAACGAAAAAUACGAUUGCAUGUGUCAACCAGCGUCUACGCUCAAUUAAUUCCAAAGACAACUGCAUCGCCAUCGUGGGCUAAUACUCCCAUCUUGCAAGUACCACGCUAAAAAAAACACCAAAAUCGAUAACACGACUGUGCCCGGACCUCCCAAGCCAGGCAAAAUUCGACAGGCUUCUGUCCUCCGUAUGGAAUCACAGAGGCAUUUUCCUUAAAAUCGAAUUCCAGAUGAACAUGGGUCUCGCCCUGCCCGAUUGCCGUAGUAUCUCUAUUUAAAAAUUGAUUUAAUGGUAGGGGGCGCUCACCGAUCGUUCUUACGAAACUCACUCGUACCAUGAGUGAGUUCCGUAAAAUUGAUUUAAAUAUUCCACUUCGUAUCUGAUGGUCUCGAGGGUUUACCGUACUUAAGCGGACACUGUCACAACUAUUCCGAUAUUACUUGAAGCGUAAACUGUUGCCGAUUGCGGUUUGAAACAGAGCUAUGCUUUUUUUUGUCUUUCGCAGAGCUCAGACGAACGAAACUAUCACGGCUUCUAUCAGUUGCUGGCCGCCGUCAGUGACACGCAAUGCCGCCGAUCCUUCUCCUUCCUAGACCAACUGGACCUCUUCGUGGCCAAUGACAACUCGGACAUCGUCAGUCGAUACAAUUUUGUGAAUCAGGGUGGCUGUGGUCAGGUUGAUGGCAUCGAUGACGUGGAGGAAUUCAAGGAGACUGUCAGGUCUAUGGAGAGUUUGGGUGAGUCAUCCCUUAAAUAAACUGAAAUUCCUACCGUUCAGUUGGACUUUGACCUCAUUCAAAACAGUCGAACGCUGUUCAUUUUAUGAAAGGAAAAUAGUCAGGUUUAUAUAUUAAAGGCAGGCUCGACCGGUGGGUUAGUGAAGAAAAAAAUAAGUUACCUUAGAAAGGCCUGUCAAAAGAAGCCCUAACAGAAACAGGGAGAAAUCAGUAACUGCGGAAAUUUCUCUACUUCUAAACCAACAGGUCGCGAGUUCGAAGCUCGGGUGUUCCACACUUCGGGCUUGGGUAUGGCUGGCUUACGACGACUAAUAAGCCAGAAAUGGCCAUUCCAGUCUCCCUUUUCUUUGCCGGUAAUACCAUCCUGCCUAUGUAUCAUGCGCCGCUGUGCGGCUGCUGGUUGGGCUUGAGAGAAAGCCCUUAAGGCACAACGAAACGAGUGAGUUCCGUAUGAACGAUCGGUGAGCGCCCCCUAGCAUUGUAUAUUCCCGAACGAAAAUCGACAGGGCAACGGGCUCGUGGCCCGGUGGGUAGAGGCGUGGACUUCUAAACCAACAGGUCGCGAGUUCGAGGCUCGGGUGUAUCACACUUCGGGCUUGGGUAUGGCUGGCUGACGACGGCUAAUAAGGCAGAAAUGGCCAUUCCAGUCUCCCUUGUCUUUGUCGGUAAUACUAUUUUGCCUAAAUAUCAAUUUUAUAUUGCGGUCUAACCAUAUCCUCUUAUGUCUUCUACCGCUAACUGGCCAGCAAGUAAGUGAGAGCUGAUUACCUAAACUGGUUUUAUUUGCUUUCAGGCUUUAAAAACGAGGAGAUUGAAGUUGUGUUCACAAUCUUAGCAGCAAUACUUCACUUUGGCAAUGUGAACUAUGAACAGACCUCAAACGAAGAGGCCUUCAUAGCGGUACGUUAAAUUUGCUCCCCGCCCUCCCUGUCUGGAAUCCUACGUUUUGAAAAUAAGUAAUUUUUAUCAUAUUCGGCAAGUUUUCAUGCCUCUGCAUCUCAGCACAGCAAGGUCCCGUAUAAUUAUUUGUCAUACUAACAAACAGUCAUUAGCUAGAAGCCGAGACACAACUGUUUAGCCGAUCUUGUGUCGCUACCUAAAGCAUCUGCGAGGAGUUCUCCUCGUCAGUGGGCCCCCCAGUUCUCCCGUGUGUUUUCUGGUAUAUGAACUCCAGUUUAAACUUGCCUUGUUUAAUUUCCGAGGGAAUUAAUACGCGAAUGUGGAGUAAAUCUUUCCGAACAGACCUUUUCGGGCACGGUGCAAAAGUUUAUAUAAAUAUUUACGCUGAAAUUCAUCAGCUACUUCGGAAUAACUGCGUAAUAUUUACAAACCGUCAACCGGCAGCCAAUAGAAUAGAAUUGUGAAAUUACCUGCCGUACUAACAACACAAGCAUUACCUAAAAGCUGGGAGACCCACUGAUGAGCCGAACCCCUCGCAGCUACGCCAGAUAGCGGCACAAGAUCGGCAAAACACGCAUGUUGGGGCUUUUUGCUAAUACGUAUGUUGUUAGUACGGUAAAUACUUACACAAUUUUAUACUACUGGCUUCCUGUUAAUGGGUUGUAAAAUAUUAAGCGGUUAUUCCGCAGUAGUUGAUGGAUUUCAGCUUAAAUCUUCAUAUCAAAUUUCGGACCGUGCUUGAAAAGGUCUGUUCGAAUGGUUUACUCCACGUUUGUGCAUCAAUUUCCUCCGAAAUUAAACAAGACAGCAAGUUCCUGUCAGGAGACCCGAUUUAUCGUUAUUCUUCGUUAUUCUCACUUGCCACUGUUUUUUUUCGCUUUACCAAAGGAAGACGACGCACAUUUCCAGAGUACUCUGCGACUACUGAAGUGCCCGCCAGCCGAUUCCAGAUCAGCCCUGUGUCAUCGCGUGAUUAAGACGGUGGAUGGCGAUUUGUCCAAACCCCUGACGCCGGAUGAGGCGCGGGCAGCCAGGGACGCAUUGGCAAAACACCUCUACCAGUGCAUGUUCAAGUGGAUUGUGAAACGGUGCAAUCGCUCGCUGGCAUUUCAGGAUGGGAAACCUGCGACAAAGGGUAAAAGGGGUGCACUGGGACGCAAGGUGAGUGAUGCUACUGACAUUUAGGUAGUAGAUGGGGUUUUCUGACCCAAGUAUCCCGUGUGAAUAAGGACGAACCUGUUUGGUAUUUAAAUACAAUAAUUUUAUUUUAGGCACCAAACGACAUUGAAAGUGGGCGAGAUAACUUUAUCGGCGUCCUUGAUAUCUACGGUUUUGAGACCUUCGAGGUCAACAGUUUCGAGCAGUUCUGCAUUAAUUAUGCUAAUGAGAAAUUGCAACAGAGGUUUGUGUUUGUAAGUUUUCCUAUCGUGACCUGCCUCUUACCAAUAAUUUCACAGAGUACACAUCUUUCAUUAGCAGCCCCUUUUCACUGAUCUCCAUCUGGCUUAUAUUUGCCCAGAAGGUACCGUCUUAGAAGUAGGCAAAACCAUCUGAUGUACUUGUGUCUACUAUCCACAAAUGAAGUGAUCCGAUAUUUAAGAAUCAGCAUUCAGAGAGUUCCUCCACAUACUGAUGAAAGCCUUAAACAUGACAGUAGAGGCCUGCCGUGCAGUUUUAGUUCUCAUUAAAACUUCCAGUUUAAAGUCUUUAGAGGAGAAAACCUGAUUCGUUGCCAUCAGACCCUUGCGACUACUACUCUUAACAUCCAUCGAGUCUAGAAUCCCUCAGGGCAGAACGAAUCACUGCCUAACCCUCGGGAAGGACCCAAGAGUCGUCGGGCUUGAUUUCUGUUUGUCGCCUUCUCCUGGAUAUACUGGAACCUGACUCAAAAGUAUCCCAACUGUCUACAAACUCACAAGUGUUGUGCUGCUCAUGAUAUGAAGCUAAAAUUACACAAUUCGGACUUAUGUCUAUAGAUACUCCUGGGAAAUAAGGAUCGUUUAAGAGCCUGAAGUACUGCGUUGGGCUUGAGUGUGUGGCGUCUGGCCAAUUAUUUUAGUUCAUAUUUUCUCAUUAAAAAAUCGCUGUAUUCUUCACACAUUACUGUCGGUAUUGUGAUUCUCAGACGAAUGCACCCGAUGAAACCGUGAAUUCUGACCUAAUUUGGCAUGAAUGAACAAAAGCGCCGUUUCUGUGCCUUUGUGGUAAACUGCUUAGAUAUUUUUUAAAUUUAUCAAUCGCUAAUAACAGCUGCCAAGUGGUUUUGGACACUUAGGGCAGCAACUUCUGUCUGGCAGUUCUGUCCAGUAUGUUAAAUUACUGCGGGACAGAUAGGUAGUAAGAGUCAAAUACAAAAAAUAUUUUUGAUCUUAAUAAGUGUGUCUCGGUGGUAUAUGGAGUUGGGCUUUACGGUUACAAUUAGGGUUGCGGAUGAGUUAGGCUUGGCGCUACAUAUUUACAUGAGUGUGAGAUUAACCAACUAAAUUACUGUGGGCCAUAUACAGCACGUGACCUAUCUCAUUAAAUCUGAUAACGGCAACUGAUGAGAGAAUUUUCUCCCUAAACACAAAAUGGCAUGUUUACGAUCACGCCUGUCAGUUUUAUUUUAAUUUAUUUGGCACCGACCGGUCCCAUGGCGUGUCACCUUAUGAAAACUUUUUCCUACGACGUCCCCAUCAGUGAAAUCAAGCAAAAUCCAGUUUCUCUUGUUGAACACCAUUUCAUUUAACUCGAAAGAGUCUAGGAUAACGCUAAACCUUAAAAACUGCUUUGGUAUCUUCACUCAGAAUGGAGGCAAUUAACAAACCGUCAUAUAUGAAAUAACACUACUUAUUAAACGAUAUUUAGAUGUAAACUUCAUUGAAACACUACUAUUAGACGUUAUUUUAUUUUUACUUCCAUACUUACUGCGUUUUUGGUAUGAGAAUACAUUCUAUACAUCUAAAAACGGAGUUUACUAAAUUAGAGCCAUUUCUGAAGUUUUCGGAAUAUUGCGCUUUUCAAAAUAAAUCGGCAUUUCUAAACAACGCAACACUGCCUUUAAUAUUUCUUUUAUGUUUUUAAUUCUGUUAAACUUUUACUUAAUUAACAUAGACGUUGGACUCUUAAGAUGGUGUCGGUUUGCGAAUGAUUGGCAAUCAUUCGUAAAUUUCGACACAUUUCACGGGUUAGGUCACUAACUGUAAGUAGUAUUGAUCGCAGGUGCCCUCACAACGACUCACGCGGGAAACGCACUGGACAACCGCGGAGGCGAGAUUAAGUCUGAGUUAAUUUAACAGGAAUGAACGAAAGCGCCGUUUCUGUGCCUUUGUCGUAAACAGCCUAGAGAUUAUUUAAAUUUAUUAACUGCUAAUAACGCACACGUUAAUCGAGCUGCGCACUCAUAGCAGAUGACACGCCUGUGCGCAGGUGCACGGCGCAGCAUCCACUUGCUCCCAGUUUCCACAUCUGAUGGCUGACUGUCGCGGACAGUGAGCUGCUGCCUAGGACAGAGUGGGGUCGACUCUGCGGACUUCGUCUCCAUGGCAUCUCAGAGCAUUUGCUCACUACAAACAAUCCAACGCGCCUUUAAACUAUCACGGGAUGCCAAAAGCCGUGGCCUAGAAAGGCUAACAACUGACGGGAUAACUCGGUCUUCUCAGGACAUGCGUGCGUGGCAUGCCUAGAUUGACUGUUUAGCUUUGUCAGUCAUUGUACCUAGUCCCGCCUCCGGUCGUUUUGAUUCUAUCUGUGCACCAGGAUCAAGUGGGUGGGGGAGGAGAGAGUGCGGUAGAUGCUGCACCGAUCUACUAUCAUUACAAACGUAUUCACGCGCAGGUCACUGUCCCUCUGCCUGCCAUGUUCUGGGGCACACGGUGUUGAUCGAACCACUUGCAAACAAUACUUUUCUGGUCCUUUUAAAUAGGCCCACAGCACUGACAUGAAAACGAACAAACCGUAAGCAGGCGAUAAUAGUGCAGGGGAGUACAUUGCGUGACCGAUCUCAUGAAAUGUUGGCCAAAAUUCUCAAAUGCGUUUCCUACUAAGAAGGAUUACUUAAAUGGGGUUGUUGUAAUGAUUAUCAUGCAGCAUAACCCUAUAACAUUUCGGACUUGCCAGGAUGUUGGCUUUUAAAUGCACUUCUUUUUGACCUCCUGCAGAAACUACACUCGGUAAAAAAUGCCUACUUAUAUAGCAUGCAUUUUCCUAUUGAUUUUCGACAGUCUUAUAAAUUCAAAUAUAUUUUACAGGAAACAUGCACAAAAAUAUGCUUUCGUUUGUUCAUUUGGUAGGAAAUCACAUUAUCUUCAUUUUUCAUGUCCGAUGAAAGUGUGUAUUUGGGUUUUAAAAAAUAUUUCCGAUUCCCAAAUAAUUUUCAGCCUGAUCUGGCAUUGUAUCAGCGUUUAGCAAUUUCAGUCUACAAGGUGCAUGCUUUCCGCGUAAGGAAAAUCAUAUAUUCCUUCAUGUCUUAAAAAAGAUACCACAUAGAUUUGAUGAAAUUUUGCAAUAGAUCCGGACUGUCUUGUAGAUUUCAUGAGGAGCAUUAGUAAACGGGCAUGUGCGGUCUUGCAUGCAUAGACAUCGCACGGUCUUAAAAGUCUCACAAUUAGAAACUUUGUUAAAACCUAAAUAUACAAUUUCUUCGGGCAAAAAAUAUGAAGACAAUGUGAGUUCCUACCAAAUGAGCAAAAUAAAGCAUAUUUUUUGCAUGUUUUCUAUAAAAUAUAUUUGAAUUUAUAAGACUGUCGAAAAUCAAUAAGAAAAAUGCAUGCUAUAGAAGUAGUCAUUUUUUACCGAGUGUAGUUUCUGCAGGAGGUCAAAAAGAAGUGCAUUUAAAAGCCAACAUCCUGGCAAGUCCGAAAUGUUAUAGGGUUAUGCUGCAUGAUAAUCAUUACAACAACCCCAUUUAAGUAAUCCUUCUUAGUAGGAAACGCAUUUGAGAAUUUUGGCCAACGUCUCAUGAGAUCGGUCACGCACUGUAGGAAGGCUAACAACUGACGGGAUAACUCAGUCUUCUCAGGACUUGCGUGCGUGGCAUGCAUGGAUGGACUGUUUAGCUUUAUUAGUCAUUGCACCUAAUCCCGUUCUGACCCUAUCUUUGCACCAGGAUCAAGUGGGUGGGGGAGGAGAGAGUGCGGUGGAUGUUGCACCGAUCUACUAUCAUUACAAACGUAUUCACGCGCAGAUCACUGUCCGCGUGCCAGCCAUGAUCUGGGCACACGAUGAUGAUCGAACCACUUACCCACAAUACUUUUCUUGUCAGAUAGAAUUUAUGCUUUUCCAUAUUCUUGCACAUUUUAGCAUGUUUUCAAGCUGGAACAGGAGGAGUACUUGCGAGAAGGUCUGGAAUGGGAUUUCGUGGACUUCUACGACAAUCAACCCUGUAUCGAUUUGAUUGAAGGACCAAUGGGUAUACUGUCUCUGCUAAACGAUGAAUGCAAGGUCAGUAACUUGGUCAAGAGGCUCCAACAGAGGGAAAGAUCACAUGACUUCAGAGUUUUUAUCAGUCUUUUUGGGGAUAAUAAGAUGGCGGCUGGUGGAAUUUCGGAAGCAUCAUCGAGUCUAACCGAGUACUCCGAGUUUUAUAGUAGCCCCUAAGAAUAAAAACGCGUCAGUUGUAGUUUUACCACCUUCAAAGUGA